CCCAAGCAGGCUCUGUGUUGUCAGCCCAACAUGAGGUUCCAUCCUAUGAACCAUGAGAUCAUGACCUGAACUGAAAUAAAGAGUUGGAUGCUUAACUGACUGAGCCACCGAGGCACCCCUACCCUGUCUUUUAAUUUGGUUGAGAGAAGGUAACACAAGUGGGGACAAGAAAAAAAAAAAAAAGGGCCAACUAACUUGAAAGUACAGAAGAAUCCAGCUAUGAGAAAAAGAGUCAAAUUAAGCUGCUGGUUGAGGUAAUGGCUGCCUCAACCAUAACUGACAAUUCAUGAUUUAGCUAAAAUUGCUAAAGGGUUCAUAAAUUAUAAAAAUGUUUCACUGUAAAUCUUACCUCUGCUAUGAGGACUCAUCAUAGAUAAGUGGUCCGGGGAACCCGGCAGGGGUUGCUUUUCUGCUCCCAGUGUAUAUGUGUGUGUAUGUGUGUGUGUGUGUGUGUGUGUGCUUAAAUGAGAUUUACAACAGGUUUUCAUGGAGAAUUUUUUUAUGCAAUACAGGAACAGGAUCCAUUUGACAUCUAACCUUGGAAAUAUUGGCAGUUUAAAAAAAUUUUUUUUAAUGUUUAGUUUUGAGAGACAGAGACAGAGUGCAAGUGGGGGGAGGGGCAGAGGGAGAAGGAGACACAGAAUCCGAAGCAGGCUCCAGGCUCCAAGCUGUCAGCACAGAGCCCGAUGUGGGGUUUGAACUCAUGAACUGUGAGAUUGUGACCUGAGCCAAAGUUGGACACUUAACUGAGCCAACCACGCUCCCCAAGGCAGUUUUUCUUAAACAAUUCAGUACCUCAACUGCUGCUUUUUCAUUUUGUAUACUGCAAGUUCCCAAGCAACUCAAAUUUGCAAACACAGCUAUGGAUACAAUAUUUGCUUUACAGUAGUUACCUGGGAAUCUAGGUCUCUGUUUUUUUGUUAUUUUCCCCUCCCCUCCAUUUCUUGAUCAUAUACAACUAGCAACACUUAGGGUUAGAAGUUGAUUUACAAGUUUCUAAGUCUGUGGCUGAUGGUUUGUAGCCUCUAGUUUGAAGCAAGAAAAGAAUGAGUAGUCAGGAACUAGUCACUUUGAAUGUGGGAGGGAAGAUAUUCACAACAAGAUUUUCUACCAUAAAGCAGUUUCCUGCCUCUCGGUUGACAAGAAUGAUAGAUGGCAGAGACCAAGAAUUCAAGAUGGUUGAUGGCCAGAUUUUUGUGGACAGAGAUGGUGUUUUAUUUAGUUUCAUCUUAGAUUUUUUGAGAACUCACCAGCUUUUAUUACCCACUGACUUUUCAGACUAUCAUAGGCUUCAGAGAGAGGCUCUUUUCUAUGAACUGGAUCCUCUGAUUGAUCUCUUAAACCAAGAACACUUGCUACAGCCAAGACCUGCUUUUUUGGAGGUGCAUUUCCUAAGCCGAAACACUCAAGCUUUUUUCAGGGUAUUUGGCUCUUGCAGCAAAACAAUUGAGAUGCUAACUGGGAGGAUUACAGUGUUUAUAGAGCAACCUUCAGCAAUGACCUGGAGUAGUAACUCUUUCCCUCCUCAGAUGACUUUACUUCCACUGCCUCCACAAAGACCUUCUUACCACGACCUGGUUUUCCAGUGUGGCUCUGACAGCACUACUGAUAACCAAACUGGAGUCAGGUAUGUUUCUAUAAAACCUGAUAAUCGAAAAUUGGCCAAUGGAACUAACGUCCUCGGCUUACUAAUCGACACUUUAUUAAUGGAAGGCUUCCAUCUAGUCAGUGCUAGAACAUUAUCUUCUGAAGACAAAACUGAAUGCUAUAGCUUUCAAAGGAUAAAAAGGCCUGAAGCUUUCACCAUGAACAAAACACUGAAACCAGAGACUACCAUCAUAUCAGAGCAAUCUCAGAAAAAAAAGUGAGAUUCUCUAUUCUCUUUUAGAGUGAAGAGAAUUGCCAUUUUCUUGUUUGGAAAUUCUGUAUUUAUGGCAUAUAUGUUAGUCAAAUAUGUACUCAGCUUAACUUGUGGCCUUGUCUCCUAGCAUGCCUUCUCUGGCAACCAUAUCUCAAUCGUGUUUAGGCCAUACUAACUGCUUGUUCUCUAAGUAACAACAUGCACUUGGUCCUUUGGCACAUGUUUCUUCUACCUUCAAUGUAUCUUUCCCUUUCUUUUCUUCAUGAACACUUACACAGCUUUCAAGAGUGCGUUCUGGAAUCAGAAUGCUUGAUUUCUAAUCCCAACUCAAUCAAUUACUAGCUAUACAACUUGGGCAAGUUAUUUAAGUUUUCUGUGCCUCAACUUCUUUAUCACGUGGGGAUAAUAUAUCUCCCUUGUAGGAUAUGUGAAAAUAAAAGGAAAUAACGUAUUCAACACA